UUUAUUUAGUGCAAAAAAAUAUUAUUACAAUAAUGAAAUCUUGUCAACCUAAAAAACCUCAAGAAGUAAAUCGCCCUUCAAACUUUUUGUCAGAAGAUGAAAAUUCUUUAGUUUUUAAUCUAAUUGGAGAGAAAUGCGUUACCCUUUCAACAACUAUUGUUCAAGCCUUCACAAGUGGUAUUGGGGAAUGUUCGUGGCAAAAGCUUUGUGAUGGCGUUAUUUGCUUUGUUAAAGACGACCAAAAAUAUUCAUAUUAUAUUCGUGUAUUUGAGUUAGGGGUAAACCAAUUAGUCUUCGAGCAGGAUAUUAAAAAUCUAUCCAAGUGCAAGACCUUAAAAGAAUGUUGGCACGCGUUUAAAGUUGAUAAUCUUAUUGUGGGUCUAGAAUUUAUUGAUCCACAGGAAGCCAAUCAUUUUCUUCAAAUAAUAAAAGAAAAACUCAGAGCUAUAGAGGAGCAAAAAACAGGUGAAGACGGUUUUUCUAAUUUAAAUUUAUUUAAAUUGUUUCAAUUCUAUGAUUUGCCUUAAUUAAAAUUUAACCUUUUUAUGAUACUAAAAAAAUUGUCAAGUAUCAGCAUUUAUAGUUAACAACAAGCUUAUAAACUAUAGAAUUCUAAAUACAGUGACAGUAGUAUCAUUUAGUAAAUAAUACUUUUUUCUAAUUAUUGAAUCUAGGUUUGGUGUUUUUUAUAAAAUAAAACCCAAUUUAUAUAAAAUAGACAACCAUUGCGUCUGAGUAAGCGCAUUUGAGAACCGUAAGUGAACACAUUAGAGAGUUUUUUUUUAUAGUGCUUAAAAAACUAGUUUUUGGUUCAGCUAAAAAUUAAUUUUUUUAAGAACCAUAGCGUGAUUUAUUUUAAGGGUAACUAAUUUUACUAAAAGUGUUUUUUAGACAUCACUUAAGGACGUAUACUAUUUUUAUUAUAACUAAUAGUUUAUAAAAAAGAUACUCAAUUAAUACGUUAUUAAACUUUAUAAAAACGACGCAAAAAUAUAUAAAUAUUAUCCGAGUUAACCUAAACGGAUUUCUGGAAACCACAACACUGAUAGAUGACCUAUAUACCUCAUCUAGAUUAUUCCGCCGAUUCUUUCACACUUGUCCGAAGGUUUAAUUUAGUAAUAUUUAAAUAGCUUCUGGCUUCAUAAUUUUAGGAUUUGUUUUUUCUUUUUUUUUUUAAUGAAAACUUUUCUUCAUUUAAAAAUAAACCAAAAUACAUUUAUGUGAGCGAAAAAGAAAAUUAAUGUUUAAAUGCUAUUUGAUAUAAGUUAUCAUAAAAUAACAGUACCAUAGUUAAAAAAAACGCUGGAUAUUUGCAGACGACCAGAAAGUCUUAUUGAAAGAGCAGCUGGGUAACACAAUGAUAUACAUUUAACUAGAUGCGUAACUUCGCAAAAAUACUGUUAAAAAAAAGUGAAUCAUUUUUUUUAAGCCGGAAACCAAUAAAAACAAAAAUUGCUAACGUUCGUUUUUUACGUUAAUAAACAAGUUUGUUAAAGUAUUUAUAAACUGUUUUUAAAAGCAUUGAUACAUAAAAAAAAACAGAGCUUUAGCUUAGCAUAUUUUUUUACUUUUACAGCUAUAAUUUGAAGGUUUUCUGUGGGAAUAUUUUGAGUUAUAGUUAUAAAACUUAAUGAAUAUAUAUUUAUUGUGAAAAAAAAGAAAUUGAUAAUUUUGGUAUAAAUGGUGACCCAGUAAACAUUGAACAGUUGGUAAAUAGUUGGCCCGAUACUAAUAACCAACUAUUACCUUCAGUUGGGCCAACUGUCGGCUAUUUAGUUGGUACCGUGAAAAAAGCGUAACGCUUUUACCAACACUAGCCAAAUGUUUUAUAAACUGUUGGUACCAUUUAUGGCCCAACAGUAGUAAAACAGUUGGCUAACAGUUGGUACCAUUACCAACCCAAACAUGUGAUUUUUUUUCGCGAUAUUCUAAAUUUGCUUUUCCACUUUAAUUGAAAGUGCAAAUGCUAUAAAUGUUUUGAAUAUUACUUAGUAACAAAGUUCUUUUCUUAUAACCUCUAGUUACUACUUUAUAGCGAUUGAUUGUUUAUCAGAUUUUACCAGUCAAACAGUACUACUGCACUCACAAAAUAUUGUAUUUUUUAUAGUUAACUUAGUUGAAUACACAAAAUUAACAAAUUUUUUUAAUCAUUAAACUUUUAUUUCCAGAUCAUUAAGUAAAAAUAUUUACAAAUACAAAACUAAAAAUAUUCCAUUAAUUUAGUUAACCAUAUAAAGGACGGAUUAACAUCAGUUAAGUUCUUUUUAAAACAUGUCACAACACAGGUACCAGAAAAAGUAAAGCCUGCAAAUACCUAAAAAAAGAAAUUUAAAAAAAAUUACAAAUUCAACCAAAAAGGUAUUACGUGCAUUUUGUUAUUAGUAGAAUUAGGCUAAUAAUAUAACAAAAUGUAAAAAAAAUAAAAAAAGAGCUAUAACAGCCUAGGUCUAUCCACAUUAACACAGUGACAAAAACGCAUAGCAUUUAAUAUUUGUAAGCAGACAUUACUAUGUAUCUCCAGAGUAAUUAAAAAAGAAAAGAUUAUAAAAAGGCUUGACGACACAAUAAAGUAACACUGGUAAAAUAACACCGCAACUUAAUAAUAUAUUUUAUCAACUAAAAUAAUUGGACUAAAAAGAUUUUAUUUAUUACAAUAUUUAAACAGUUUAGGGUCAAUUAUAGUUAUACAAUAUGCACAAUUAUAUGAUAAAAUAGCGAGCAACUCGUUAAAUAUUUCUUAUAAAUGGUCAUUAAGAAAUACCUUAGAGCUCAGUAAUUGUAUAAGUUUAAAUAAUUCUUCCUCUCUUCUAAGAGAAAAAGGAAGAGAAAGUGUUUCCAAAGCAGCAUGUUAAAAAAAGUAAAAAUACGCAAUAAGUAGUAGUACCUGGUUUUAUUAUGUUAUUGUGUUUCCAAAGCAGCAUGUUAAAAAAAGUAAAAAUACGCAAUAAAUAGUAGUAACUGGUUUUAUUAUGUUAUUGUGUUUCCAAAGCAGCAUGUUAAAAAAAGUAAAAAUACACAACAAAUAGUAGUAACUGGUUUUAUUAUGUUAUCAGUAAACAAAGUUAUUUUCCCCUUGAUUAAAAGGUAAUUUCCAGCAUUUUUUAACUCAACUCCAC